AAUGGGGAUAAUUCGUAAAAUAUUCAUUCCCUCAUCUCUAAUCCGUUAUGAGAAGCUGAACCUUCCUCUGCACAAUCUCCUUCAAAAAGCUUCUCAUCCAUGGCGAAAACGCUCAUUUCGUCUCAAUCGUUCAUCGGCACGCCGCUCCCCUCACUCCCUCGCCACCACCUCCCCCACCGCACCAGGCUCGUCGCCACCAAAGUCCUCGUCAGCCUCCACGAAAUUCCCCCAAUCCACUCCAUAAGCCACAACAUUGACUUCGCCGGAAUCGUGACUAGAGCCGAAGGCCUUCUCUACACGCUCGCCGAUGCUGCGGUUGCGGCGGACCCUGCGGUUGCUGCGGACUCUGCGGCUUCCACCACCGAUGCUGCCGUACAGAAGAGCGGAGGCUGGUUCGGCUUCAUCUCCGAAGCCAUGGAGUUCGUUCUCAAGGUGUUGAAGGAUGGCCUUUCUGCCGUGCAUGUCCCUUAUGCAUAUGGAUUUGCUAUCAUAUUGCUCACUGUUAUAGUUAAGGCCGCAACGCUUCCCUUGACAAAGCAACAGGUUGAAUCUACACUAGCUAUGCAAAAUCUUCAACCAAAAAUUAAGGCCAUUCAAGAUAGAUAUGCUGGCAAUCAGGAAAGAAUACAACUUGAGACGUCAAGGCUAUAUCGGCAGGCUGGAGUUAACCCAUUGGCAGGUUGUUUACCAACUCUGGCUACAAUUCCAGUCUGGAUUGGUCUCUACCAAGCUUUAUCAAAUGUGGCAAAUGAGGGACUGCUAACCGAAGGUUUCCUUUGGAUCCCCUCUUUGGGUGGUCCUACUACCAUUGCUGCUAGACAAAGUGGAGCGGGAAUUUCUUGGCUUUUUCCAUUUGUGGACGGGCAUCCACCUUUGGGUUGGCAAGAUACUGCAGCAUAUCUUGUUUUACCUAUUCUUCUUGUCGUUUCUCAAUACGUUUCAAUGGAAAUCAUGAAACCACCUCAGACAGAUCCUUCUCAAAAGAAUCAACUUCUUAUUUUAAAGUUUCUUCCACUCAUGAUUGGCUACUUCUCACUAUCUGUCCCAUCAGGACUAACAAUUUACUGGUUUAUAAACAAUGUCCUGAGCACAGCUCAACAAGUAUGGUUGCGCAAAUUGGGAGGUGCAAAGCCUGUUGUGAAUGAAAAUGCUGGUGGGAUUAUUACUGCUGGACGCGCUAAAAGAUCAGAUUUGCAGCCAGUAAGGAAUGGUGAAAGGUUUAAGCAGUUAAAAGAAGAGGACAAGAAGAAAAAGGUAAGCAAGGCACUGCCAGUGGAAGAAGUUCAGCCCCUGGCUUCUGUGUCUGCUUCUGAUGAUGGCUCGGAUACAGAAAGUGACAAUAAGGGACAGGAAGAUGCAGAAGAAGCAUAUGCUUCUAAAGUUGGCGAAGAGGUUCAAAAUUAUUCUAGGGAAAGAAGAAGCAAGCGUUCGAAGCGGAAGCGUGCUGUAUAAAGGACCGCAUACAAUUAGUUUAUAGUGAGUUUUGUAUAUCUCAAGAGAUUAUAGCAUUUUUGGGUUGGCUAUUAAUUAAAUAUAUGUAAUUUAAUUCACUAAAAUAUCUUUGUUACGUUUAAUUUCCACAUGUUAGCUAAAGCAAUUUGUCUUGUGACGUGUUUAAUUUUAUUAAGAUUUAUCCCCCCUUGAAACUAGGAGUAUAAAAAACUUAUACUCCUUCUGAUCCAAAAUAAUACAGUAAGUAGUUCUUUUA